AUGAAGGUCUACAAAUGCAUUUUUUCUGGGGAUGAGCUCUGCUCGGACUCCUAUCCGCAUCUUGUGCCUUUCGGGGACGACUCGUUCAAGGACGUUGCCUUCGAGGUUAAGGGAAGCCGCGUAACUAAGGCUGCUGAGGACUUCGGUAUUGCCGACAACAGCGAGGAGGGAGAGGGAGGCGUAGAGGAUGCAGCGGAAACUGUGAUUGAUAUAGUGAAUGCGUUUCACUUGAGCGAGACCUCUCUAACAAAGAAAGACUUCACGACUUACAUUAAGGGGUAUUUGAAGAGAGUGGUGGAUUAUUUGCAAGAAAAUAAUCCUUCAAGAGUAGAGCCAUUCAAGACUGAAUCUGCUGCACUCGUCAAGAAAAUCUUGGGAGGUUUUGAUGAUUUCCAGUUCUUCAUGUCCGAAAGCAACGACUUCGAGGCCUCUCUGGUGUACGCAUACUACAAAGAUGAGGAAACUGCCCCUCGGUUUAUUUAUUUGAAGGAUGGAUUAAAGGAGGAGAAGUACUAA